ACACGUGAUAACAGAUAUUUGAGAUAAAGAUAAAAUUUGAUAAAAGUUGUUUAUGGACGUCCAUUUAUUUAAUUUUUGUUAUUAUGGUUAGAAAGAAAUGAAAUGAAACUUUUUGCCUUUUUGACUGUUUUGACAUCAGCAUGUUUAUGUGUAAUCUCUAUGGGUACGAGACCAGAAAUUGUUGAUGCCAUUUUACCUGAGGUGAAGCAACAAGGUCAGAUUGGGUAUCUCAACUGCUCGGUAAUAAACCUGAACCCUUCAUCAGCGGUAUUACAAUGGGUUAAACAAACAACACCAUCAGGAACACCAUUACUAAUAUCAUCCAAUGAAAAGAUCCAUGUUAAUGAUGUAGUUGAAGGUCAUCCGAAAUAUUAUGUCAGAAAAUCUGUUAUUAAUAAUAGAGAACUGUAUCAACUUGUCAUCCGGGCAUUGACUGAAAAUGAUGCCGGCUCUUAUACAUGUAUGAUCAAACUCGCCAAUCAAAACUAUUUACAAUGGCCGAAAAAGCUUGGUCUUCUAACCGUUCAGAUUGCACCAACAGUCAAAUUAGAUAGUAAAUCAAAUAUAGUUGUUCAGGAAGGAUCUAAUAUAACACUGAAAUGUGAAGCAAACGGUAUUCCUUCUCCAAAUAUAACAUGGAAACGAGGCGACGGUCUACCAUUACCAGGAGGAGGAUUUCAACAUUGGGGCGGAGUUUAUGAAAUCUACAAUAUAAAUGCAGCAACCCGAGGACAAUUUUUAUGUAUAGCUGACAAUAAUGUGAAACCACCAGCAGAUUACGCUGUCCAGAUUGAGGUUACGUUUUCACCAUAUUGUGAGGCUCAGAUGGAUACUGUAGGCCAAGUUCAGAACAGGAGAUUUAGUGCAAAAUUAGACUGCAUUGUAGCAGCAAACCCUAGAGCGGAGGUAAUUUGGUAUAAAAUGAAUCCAGCUACAGGUUCUCUCGACCAAAUUCAGGAUAAUGACAAAUAUGAUCUGAAUCAGCAAGAUGACCAGAGAUUAAAAGCUGACGAGAAGUGGUACUCACUUACUAUAAAAACUGUCCAGGGUAGUGACUUUGGAAAGUUUUAUUGUCAUGCAGAGAACCGGUUUGGUAAAGGGAACGCUUCAUUUGUACUUUUUGAAACUAUGGAAUGCCAAGGACCAAACUGUCCGUCUAUUGGCGGGAAUGGAGCACAAAAUGUACACAUUUCUGUUUUAACUUUAACACUCACAAUCCUAGCUAGUUACUAUUUGUAUUAUUGUAAACAUGAUGUAUGAAUCAUUUGUUCUUGGUGCAAAACAAAAUGUAUCUAUUUUAUAAAUGCAUGUACAUUUUCAUUUUUGUGAUUUUCAAUUUUUUAUAAUAACCUGUAUAUACACUUAUGAUCCAUUCUCAUUUUGUCUUGUUUGGAUCCAUUGAAAGCAUUAAAGGAGGUAUGGGUGUCUUCCGCCACCUUGGAUUGUAAAAAACAGAGAACGUAAGGUACAGAUUUUCAAUUUGAUGCAGGCAGGCAAUUAUUAAAAGUGAAUUUUCAUUUAAAAGAACCAAUUUAUUAGAAUAAAACUUAUAAAUAUUAAUAUUUUAACAGGUGUAGAUUAUUUUUGGUUGCUUUAAAAAAAUAGAAUUGUUAUUUUAAGGGGAGGUAACUCUAAAACAUUGAUUUUCUGAGGGAAUCUACAUGAAAUUUUUCUAUUAAUUUUGUAUUCUAGCCAGAAAAAACGUACUAUGGCUCUAUCUUUUCUUAUGAUAUUCUCAAAGCACUGUCUGAAAGCUAUCUUCUUAACUUAUUUUAAAACUCUAUCAUUUUGUUUAGUUUCUAAUCACAAAAUCUUGUUUUAUCCUGUAUAUUAAAUCCAUACAACAUGUGUCAUUUUGUCACAUUUUGUCACAACCUGUAGCUUGAGAAAAUGCACGGUGAUCAAUCAUUUUUAUUAUAUUUUUAAACAUUAUAUCAAUAGUACGUUUUGGCAAAGUAUGAACAAAUUUCAUCAUUUUUAUUUUAUUCUGCCAUACCACCUUGAAUACGAAACUAAAUUGAAAAUGCACAAUGAGCAUCUUUAUGUCAAUGUCCAUGGAUUGAAUGUAUUCUUUAACAUGCAACUAUCAGUACUAUUGCCUUUAUCAUGGCACUCAAUUUUAAUGGACAGAGAAAGCUAGAGUGCCCGGAAAAAGUAUUAAACUUCCACAAAAAACUGGCAAUCCUAGUCAAUAAGAUUGGAAUCGAAUGCACGAGACACGUGAUGGAUUCGAAUUCAAAACCAAAUCGCUAACAAUCUAGUGAUAUAGAAAACGAAUUACUUAUAGACCCUGAAUCCUCUGAUGUGCAUAUGUUGAUAUUUGUUAAUCAUAAACAAAUAUAGCGAUAUAUAUGUAGUAGAGAAAAACCCAUUAAUAGAAGUCUAAAGCUGAAUCCUAGUAGAUCUCUCUAGAUGACUAACUUAAUAUAUCUUUUCAUAAUAUUUAUUUGGUUUUGUAUAUACUCAAAUAAAUUCACAACAUCCGGUUAUGUCUAGGGGUUGACAAUUUUUACUACAUUGUAUGCAUAAUACUAUAUAAUACUUUUAAGAACGCAUUAUUAGUGAGAUUUUGGCAUGUUUAUCUCUGCUGGGACGUUUGUUUUAUAUUGUACAUGUUAUAUAUAUAUAUAUAAAAAUAGUGGCAGUAUCUCAUACAUAAUACAUGUAAUAUUUUAAAG